UCCAAAUUUCGAGACGUUGUACGACGAACUCUUUUUCCCCAGAUCGAGCUUCAUUCUUCUUCUUCCUAAAGCUUUGAGCAGAGCUCUAUCGAUGAAAUCAACGCAACACCAAAGAGUAGAAUAUAAAAAACGAUGAAGAAACCUCAUAUCUUGAAAAAUCCAGUCUUUUUCUUACUUCUACUCAUAGCUCUUUCUUCCCUAACUAUACUCACCUUCUCCUUUUUAAAAUUACCGGAAACACCUCUCGCCGCCGGUAACCAUCUCCGGAAACUCCGGUACGAGCUCACCGAUGAACUCGGAUACUUCGGAAAGAUGAUGAUCGAAAUGCUACCCGAGGAUCUGGUUUUCACAGCCUUCGUACCGUCCGACCAAUCAUUCCGCCGAGAUCUAGGGCUGAGAUCGAACAACAGCCGUCAGAUCAAAUCCCUUGAAGACGAUGACGACGAAGGAGAUAACACGUACGCCGUCGUAUCGAGGAUCAUGGGUUUCGCGGUGGUUCCUUACAAAGUGGAAGAAGCAGACAUAAGGAACGGAGAAACGGCGUCGUAUGAGUCAUUGAGUGGUUUCACACUUAAGAUUUGGAGAAAGAGAAAUAGCGGUGGAUUGGUCGUUAAUGGCAUCGAGACAGAGAAGAUGGGGUUUGUAAAGAGAGGGAAGAUCAUCGUGCAUGUAAUGAAUGGUGUUGUAAUGGAUUCUGAUUUCGCACAGUCUCUUGCUUCUUCUACUCCUCAAGACGAAGAUGAUGAACCAUAGAAGAAGACCACGACAUUAGUCUCUCUUGUAAUUUCUUGUAACAUAGCAAAGGAAACACAAAAAGUUAAAUUUGACUAAACAGAAUAUUAUUGACUUAAUAAUCCAAUCAAACUUUUUAAUCAUCAUUUUUUUUCCUUACAUUGGUUAUGAAUACUAAUUAUUUCGUUUAUGUA